AUGGCCAUGCCCUUGCCCUUGCCCGGCCCUGCCCUGUCCGGCCGGCCCUUGGCUGCCCUGCCUGCUGCACGCCUGCUGCCGCAUGCCUGCUGCUGCUGCUUCUGCUGCAUAGCAUUUUUGCGGCCACGCUAUCAGCAUGCAAGACGGUCCAAAAAAGACCGCGUUGGCAGUGCGCCACACCAGCCAGCGCCCAGAAGCCCGUCUGGGGCUAGAGCAUGCCCCGGAAACGGUUGGUCGCCAUUGUGUGCCCAUGUGUGGGUGCAACUGCAUGUGGCUGGGCUGGGCUGUGUGCUGUGUGUGUGCGUGUGUGUGUGCUGGGCUCCCUCUGUGCCCGACGGCGUCAAAAGCAGCCGUGUUUCAAAAAAGUCUGGCCGUGGCGUGUUUGAGACGCGGACGCCCGUCUGCACCUAA